AUGACGACAAUCGAAGAGCUGUGCGAAAACCUUACGAAGAUCGGCCUCGCACGCAGAUGCCAGCAGCUUGGCUUGGCGUCGUCCGGCGGUAAGCAGGAGAUGGCCAAAAGGAUUAUUGACCAUACGACGAUGGCCACAAACGACGAGAACGACGGUGAUCAUCAGAAUCGUGAAAUUCGUGAAGCCGUGAACGCUAGAGAGCAGAACGCCGUGCUGCAAAACGACGACGGUGUGAAAGUGGUUCUAGCGGCCAACGACAUGGAGGAAAGCCAAAGUUUCACCGUCAGAGAAUUUGGCUCCGUUCCAGACGUCACCAAAUUGAACCGUCAACGCACUCACCUGGAGUGGCAGCUUGACCGUCUAGAACAGAUGUUCGUCAAACACAGCACCGACGUUCACUCGCUGAAAACCAUAUCAGACCGAGUGAAGGUGCUUGCUUUGGACUACAAACAAUGGUACGACUCGAUCUUGGAAGUUGUGAGCGACGACCAAGCACAGGAGGCAAUCGAGCGAUAUGGCGUGUUCGACGACAGGAUACAUUCGUCAGAACAGCUGACCGAAUGUGACAAGCUGCAUUACCUUGCUGCGUCGCUGACGAAGGACGCACGCGCGGUGAUCGACGCAUUGGAAAUUACAUCCAAAAACUACGACGUAGCCUGGAAGCUGUUGUCCGAGCGCUACGAGAACAAGUACCUCAUCGUGAAAACCACCGUUGAGGCGUUAUUCAACAUAUCGCCACUGAAGAGAGAAUGUGCAGAUUCUCUAAGCCGACUCGUCGACGACUUCGAGCGUAACCUACGAAUGCUCGAAAAAGAAGGCGAGAAACCAGAUGCAUGGAGCACGCUGCUGGUGUUCAGGCUAAGCUCGCUGCUGGAUCCAACAACCCUGCGUCAUUGGGAGCUUCACCGGAAGUCUACGACCAUCCCAACGUACAAAGACUUAGUGCAAUUCGUCCGCAACCAUUGCCAUGUACUCAAGUCUUUCUCAAAGCCAGCCAGCGGAGCCAGAACCGGAGACAUCAUGCGCAGCAACCCUCGAGUGCAAAACAUCCAUGCUGCGACCAGUGCUGUGCAUAGUGUUGCGUACAACGAAAAGUGCAAACUGUGCGGUUUUUCAAAACAUUCAGUGUUCCGGUGUGAAUUAACGAACAAUAUGAGUGUUGCAGAUAGAAAGCAACUAGUGCAGUCGAAAGGAUUGUGCUUCAACUGCCUUUCUCCAGCUCAUCGGUUACGACAGUGUACAUCAAGCGGAUGCAAGAUCUGCCAACAACGGCAUCAUACGUUGCUGCACGAAGCAGCGCCAGCAACUGAGGCGUCAGAUGCUCCAUCCACGAGUUCUACCUGUCCUCCUCAGUCCCUUACCCACUAUUCCUUCCAGAUCGAAAACAGUGUUGUGUUGCUGCAAACCGUGCUGGUCCAGGUAGAGGACAAUCACGGACGAAGUCAUCUAGCACGUGCCUUGUUGGAUUCCGGAGCACAACUCAACAUCGUUACCGAGCGCCUUACUCAACGGCUGGGUGUGGCGAAACGGCGAGAGAAUCAUCGCAUCGGAGGAAUCGGAGAAAUUUCCGUGACGUCACAACAUUCGGCUGUGUUAAGGAUCCAUUCUUUAGACAGCGAAUACACAGCGUCCGGAAAGUUCCACGUACUCAGCAAGCUCACUCGUGAGCUCCCAUCAAGCCGUAUCAACACAAGCAGCUGGCAGAUACCUCGUCAAGUUCAGCUGGCCGAUCCUUCGUUUCACAGUCCUGGCCCGAUCGACCUCAUCAUCGGAGCAGAGCUGUACUACGACGUCGUUAAGGAGGGACUCAUCAAGCUAUCCCACGAAAGAGUGACACUCCAAAACACUGCUUUCGGUUGGGUGAUAUCAGGUAGAGUCAAUGUUCAUGCACCACCACCAUCUUCAUCCAUCGUUGGACACGUCUGCAGUACGAGCAUCGAAGAGCAGCUGAACAAAUUCUGGGAGCUGGAGUCAUGCCGAGCCACCAGUACAUUAUCCGUCGAGGAGAGCAACUGUGAGAAACAGUUCGCAGCCACCACCACCAGAGACACCGAUGGUCGAUUCAUCGUGCAGCUACCGAAACGAGAGGAGAAGCUGGCUCUUCUUGGGGAUUCGAAAGGGAUAGCCACACGCCGGUUCCUUGCCUUGGAACGUCGGCUAUCCUCGAAUGCCUCAUUGAAGACAGCUUACACACAGUUCAUCGAGGAGUACGCAGAGCUUCAGCACAUGACAGAAGUAGCCGAGAGCGAUGCUACAACUUCAUCACCAUCAUACUAUCUCCCACAUCACUGCAUCGUGCGACCAGAUAGUACCACCACUAAACUCCGAGUGGUGUUCGACGCUUCGUGUGCAUCAGACACCGGAACAUCUUUAAACGAUGCACUGAUGAUCGGACCCACUAUCCAAGACGACCUGAUGUCCAUUCUAUUGCGGUUUAGAAUGUCGAAAUUUGCCCUGGUAGCAGACAUCGAGAAGAUGUACCGGCAAAUCAACAUAGCUUCCAUCGAUCGUCCGCUGCAACGAAUCCUGUGGCGAAAUUCUCCAACCGAGCCGAUACGAACGUUCCAGCUCAACACCGUCACCUACGGCACAUCAUGUGCUCCGUAUUUGGCCACCAAAACCCUGCAAGUGCUAUCUCAGGUCGGAGCUAGCACCCAUCCCGAAGCGGCAACCAUCCUCGGACGAGACUUCUACAUGGACGACAUGCUGACUGGCGUAAACAGCAUUACCGAGGGUCAACGAGUAUGUCAGCAACUCAUCGAUCUCCUGGCUUCUGGUGGAUUCUGCUUGCGGAAAUGGGCCACCAACAACAGGCAGAUCUUCGAACAUCUGCCCCAGCAUCUGCAAGAUGAAAGGACGAUUCUCAACUUGGAUGCGAAGUCACCGAUCAUCAAGACACUCGGACUGAAGUGGAACGUUUCCACCGACGCUUUUGUGUUCAACAUCCCACGAUGGAACGCAGACAACAUCAUCACCAAACGAAACGCGCUUUCGGAUGUCGCGAAACUGUUCGACCCAAUCGGACUGGUUGGACCAGUUAUCAUCCAAGCCAAGCUGUUCCUUCAAGAGCUGUGGAGAUGUCAGAUCGCCUGGGACGAGUCGUUGACACCAGCACUACAAAACCGAUGGCUCCUGUUUCGCGAGAAGUUGGCCAUGCUGCAAACGAUCCACAUUCCACGCUGGCUCUUAACCGAUCAACGAGCAACGAAUCUACAAAUGCAUUGCUUUUGUGAUGCAUCCGAGAAGGCGUACGGAGCGGCGAUUUACUUGCGUUCGACCAACACCGAUGGACGUGUGACAACCAACCUCAUCACUGCAAAAUCCAAGGUGGCACCACUAGCAGACUCCCGUAAGCAAAAGCGUGUUUGCUUACCCCGACUGGAGCUUUCUGCAGCACUGCUUCUGGCACACUCGUACGAGAAGGUGUCAGACGCCUUGAAGCUUCAGGUCGAGACCAUCUUUUGGUCUGACUCAACCAUCGUCCUGCAUUGGUUGUCUGCAACUCCGUCACGCUGGAAAACCUUCAUCGCUAACCGGGUGUCCGAGAUCCAACACAUCACUCACGGCAAGGAGUGGAGACACGUACCCGGAACGGACAAUCCUGCUGACAUCAUCUCCCGAGGAAUGGAUGCAGAUCAGCUGGAAACUUCAACCCUUUGGUGGCACGGACCAGACUGGCUGGCGCAACCAUCAGAGGAAUGGCCGAACACUCAUCAACCUCGACAGGAAGAAUUCACCACGGACGAAUUGGAGGAGCGACCAAUCUGCAUGGCUGUACAAUCCGUGGCUCCGAACGACCUUUUUAGCCUCCGUUCAACGUUCACCGGACUGCAACGUCUGGUUGCGUGGCUAAGAAGAUUCCGACACAACACGAAUCCUGCUAACCAUCAACAACGCAGAUUGGAUCAUCAUCUCAGCUUGGAGGAACUAGCCGAAUCUACACUGUGUCUAGUUCGUCUCGCUCAAGCUGAAUCAUUCCCAGAAGACAUCAAACAUCUAUCGAAAGGCGAUUCGGUUAGCAACAACUCACCUUUAAAACUGCUAGCACCGUUUCUACAAGAUGGCCUACUACGAGGCAACUCAUCAACAAUCGCGCAACUCAUCAAGGGCUACGUAGCGAUUUUCGUCUGUAUGGCAGUGAAGGCUGUACACAUCGAAUUAGUCGCGGACCUGUCUACCAACGCAUUCCUUGCGGCACUUCGACGAUUCAUCGGACGACGCGGGAAACCGGCUCUCAUCGAAUGCGACAACGCUAGGAAGUUCUUGGGCGCCUCCCGAGAAAUUGCCUCCUUGUCCAAGCAAUUCAACCAUCAGUGGCAAACAUCAGUGAUUAAGUCCUGCAUCGACGAUGGCAUCCAGUUCAAGUUCAUCCCACCUCGCUCACCCAACUUUGGAGGUCUUUGGGAGGCGGCAGUGAAGUCUUUCAAAACACACUUCAAGCCAACCGUUGGGAACGCCAUCCUUACGAGCGACGAACUCAACACGCUACUGAUCCAGAUUGAAGGAUGCCUCAACUCUAGACCACUUACACCACUCUCCAAUGACCCAUCUGAUCUGGAAGUGCUGACCCCAGGUCACUUCCUCAUUCAUCGCCCCAUCGUAUCCCCUGACCGAACCAUCGCUGGAAAAGCUGCCGUUCAACCGUCUCGAUCGCUGGCAGAAGACUACUUGUCCGGACUACAGCAGAGAACCAAGUGGACCAAGCAGAAGGACAACGUGAAGCUGGAUACCAUGGUGCUGCUGAAGGAGGACGGGCUACCUCCAUCGAAAUGGUGUCUUGGCCGCGUCACGCAGAUCAUCAAGGGAGCUGACGACAACAUCCGAGUGGUCAUCGUCAAGACGAAAGAUGGAGACUUCAAGCGUUCCAUCUCUAAAAUCUGCGCUCUUCCCACCGACGAGCCAUCCAGUUCAUCCUAG